UACAUCUUGAUUCAUCGAAGAAAAGGAAGUUGGAGGAGAGUGAGUCUGUUUGGCAUCAUGUAGGAACUCAGUGUGAUUUUUCAAAUGAAGGCACGACUAGACGACGCCGAUUGCUUCCAACUGCUGUGCCGGAUACUGAUAUAAAUGGUUGUGCCACAUUAGACAAUAAAAAUGAGCCAGCAAAUUAUUUAUCCGAUGAUUGUGUCAUGUUGCCUAGCGAAAGUGUGCCACGUCAAGAAAAUUCGAGAGAUUUUGACACACUACACAAGACAAGUAUGCCAGAAUCAAAUUUAUCUGGAUUUAGAUCUGAAAAGCUUAAGAAUAAUGAGAUCUCAACCCAAGCUGAUACAGAUCCUUUAAAAGACAGAGAAGUAACAGGUGGCGGAGGAACAACCAUCAGAAGAAAAAUAACAGUCAACGGAGCAACAGCCAUUGGCGGAGCAACAACUGUUGGCGGAGGGACAACCGUCAACGGAGCAACAGCCAUUGGCGGAGAAACAACCGUCAGCAGAUUAACAACCGUCCACGGAGCAACAGCUAUCGGUAGAGAAACAACUACUGGGGGCGAAGGAACCGGUUUGGGAGGGAAAAUACUUGACGGAGGAAUUAAUAAUCAACGUUCCUUGCUACCAUCAUCAACCAAACUGGAUAAUUCAAAGAGUAAACAAACAAAGAGAAGAUGCGCCGUAAAAGGUUGCGUCAAACGAACAACUUUGACAGGUUGUAGAAGUGAAGAACAAUACUUAUUAUGGAAAAAAGCAAUCAACUAUUCGGGAAAGCGCAGUCAACACUCAUUCCAUAUUUGUCGCAAUCACUUUUCUAAGUCUCAGUUUUAUAGAGAUUUGCAAGAAGAACUACUAGGUUUGCCGAAACGAUUCCACCGAUUGCUUCCAACAGCUGUACCUGACAUAAAUCUAAAUGGUUGUGACACAUCAAACAAUACAAAUAUGCCUGACAAGUAUUUAUCUAAUGACUGUGCCACGUUGUUUGAUAUAAAUGAGUCAGACUCAAAAUUAUUCGGCUUUCAAACUGGAAAUAACAAAAUUAAUGAGGUCUCAACCCAGGUAGAAUCAGAACUGUUGUUAGACGAAAGAAUAACCGUUGGCGAAGGAACAACCAUUGUUGGUGGGACAACCGUUAGCGGAGGAAUUACACUUGUGGGAGGAACAACCGUCGGCGGAGGAAUGAGUAAUCAAUGUUUACUUAUCCCUUUAUCAUUAGCCACACUGGAUAAUUCAAAGGGUAAAGCAGGAAGUUCAGAGAUCCUAGAUCAUAAAAUCUUCUAUACAGUGGUGCCAAUGCCUCCCCAACUUUUACAGAAUCCCUGUACUCAGCGCCAACAUGUACCGUCUGAACUUUCAACGCUAAAAACACACAAACAAAGCGAAAAUAUCAGGAACAAUGCCUCAGAACCUUUAGAAGACAUAUCACAAGCAAAUAAUGAGUUCGAACCUUUGGUCAAAAUUGAAACUAGUUCUGAAAGAUUAAAUUUUGACGAGUUUGGACAUAUAACAGAGGAAAAAGCUACUCUCAACCCUUUAGAUAACCCUACCAAUAGUGAAGGGUUGGAACACAUGGAUGAUGAAGAAAUAGAAAAUGAUGUGAUUAAACCUUCUGUAAAAAUAGAAACAGUGGAUGUAGAUUUCAUCAUGGAAGAUUUAGAAGAUCCAUUGGCUGGAUACUAAACGGGAGAAAGGAUUUACAACAGUACCAUUUCUCUAAAAAAUUGACUAGUGGAUUAAACUGUUAACAAACUGUAUAAUUUUAAUGUGAUAAGUACAAACUAUUAUACAAUCUGAAUAUAAGAUGAAAUAUUUCCUUG